UUGUUGUCAUUUCAAACGUCUUGACGUGUAGGUACAGCUGUCGAUAUAGAUUUUGUUUUCCUAUUUUCUAAUAAUGCGAAAGAAAAAGUAAGCAAAAUUGUGUGGAAACAUUAGUAACAACCAUUUCUUAUAGUGUAUGAAUGUGAGAGACAAUAUUAAAUAAUAUCAAAAUGGUUUUAAUGACAAUGAUUGCACGGGUCGUUGACGGCCUACCUUUAGCCGCUACUAUGCAAGACGAUGAACAGAGUGGCUGCAAUAUUCUGGAGUACCAGAACCAGGCCAAAAUGCUGUUUAGGAAACUAGGUCCCCAGUCACCGAUACGCUGUUCCAUUGAAACGGGGCCUUAUCUUUUCCACUACUUAAUUGAGAACGAGAUCUGUUACCUGGUACUGUGUGAGCGCAACUACAGCAAACGGUUGGCAUUCAGCUACCUUGAGGAAAUUGCACAAGAGUUCUAUCAGCAAUACGGCAAAAGGGUGAACACUGUGACUCGUCCGUAUACAUUCAUAGAGUUCGACACGUGGAUGCAGCGGGCACGCAAGCAGUACUCGGAGGGGGGCGCACGGGCGCGGCGGGCGGGGGGCGCAGCCUCACAGCUGGGCGGGCAGCUGGGGGACGUGCAGCGCAUCAUGAUGCAGAACAUCGAUGAUGUGUUGCAGCGGGGCGCCGUACUCUCAGAACUGGACACGAAAACACAGAACCUAUCAAUGAUGUCGCAAAAGUACAAAAAGGAUGCAACAUACCUCAACACCAAGUCCAUGCUGGUGAAAGCGACGGCUGGUGCUGUCAUUCUGCUCGUCUUUGUACUGUACUUUUGGGUGCUUUAGGUCAGAUCAUGUGAUGGUCCUACCUAAGCGAAUUAGCUAUGUUAGCCAAUCUACAACAGCAGGUUAUUUCUUUUGAAAGUUUAUGUAGGUGUUAUGAUUUUUGUAUGUUGUUUCCAACUAAAUUGAUGUGCUGUGUAUAACAAGUUUUAACCGUUUGGAUGGUUUUCUUGCCAUUUAACUUGCUUAGACAGCAAAAUGAAUGUUGUAUGUUUCUCUAAAGAGCAGCAUGUAGAUUUUUUAUAGAUCUUAACAUAGCAAACUAGCUUAGUUAGCCUCAUGUGACGUGACAGUAAUGUGUGCUGUUUGUAAGGGUAUAAUAAAAAAUGUUAUUUGCAACAUUGAAAAUUUAAUUUUCCCGCAUUUUAUCUUACUUUACUAAAAUGCAAGAUUUUAUUAGAAGUUCUAUACUUCUUUGUGAUAAAAUGUAAUGGUAUUUAUUUAUUUAUUACUUGAAUAUGUCAUCAGUUUCUGCGCCACACAGAUCAAUAACACUUUAUUAUACCCUUAAUUUAUCAGACAAAAUAUAAAUGUUGUAUAAAGGUACUAAUGGGAAAAGCAUUCCAUCGCAUUAAGUACUAAAAAAAUAUUUAGUCUACCAAAAAUUCCUAUUUUUUAUUAAACAUCUGUACUAAGUUUAGCUAUUUAGACAGCAUUUGAUAGUGUUCUCAAGGUAUAGCUUGACUGUAAUCAAUUAAUGACAGUUUUGUAUUCAUUUCCAAUGUUUUAUAUAAAUAUAAAGCACAGGUGUGGUUGGUGAUGGAAUGUUGUAAAUUUUACCACUUAUUGUUAAUUAAUGUAUUUAUUUAAGAUUUAAUAAAUAUGCAUUCUUUUCCA